GGCAGCGAGUGUGAGUCGGACAGUGGCAGGCGGGAGUGGCCCAACGCUGAGCUCUCCGCGAUCGAUAUUUACCUUGGCAGCAGCAGAACAGGCGACGCAGGGUGUGGGGUAGGAGCAAGCAGGCGGGCAAGCAGGCGAACGAACAAGCGAGCACAGAAGCGAACGAAGCAAGCAAACCCUCGACUUAAUUAGUGUGAGAGUGCGUCCAUGCGUGUUUGUGUGUGUAGAUGUGAGUGCGGCGACACCAUACAUUCUAGCGAGCCAAUGACGUGAGCGAGAGGGAAAGAAAAAGAUGGUCUAAAGAGAAAGGGAUGUAAUACUGGAAUAAAAAAUGGAGUAAACCCGAAAAAAAACCGUGAAGUAAAAUAAGGAGGAAGAAAGGAGCGGAAACACAGAGGAAGCGAAGGCCGCCAGGGAACACCACAAGCCACAGAAAACCCAAUUGAACGUUAUGAAGAGAAGCUCAAGAGAUUAACAGAAGCAACAGAAGUGGUAGUAACAGUAGUGGCAGCAACAGCAUCAACAGUACUUAGCCACAGUCAUCCAUAGCCACAGCCACAACCAUGGGCGUCGUGGGAGUGUCUUAGAGGGUCCCAUGCGCCUUUCCCCGCCCUGCCCCGCGUGGAUGUCAGUGACUACCGCACGUUGCCGGGCACUGGCACCGCGAGGAACCUGUGAGCCAAAGUGUUGAUCAGAGUGCAAAGAGGCGGUGGUGGUGGUGGAGGAGGCGGUGGCGGCGGUGGCGGAGGUGGCGGUGGUGGUGUUGGCUCCCCGUUGACCGUGUUGGUGGCCUCCAGUGACACGUGCCUCACCCCCGAUGAGCUGGAAGAGGAGUCCCCGCUGGCGCCAUGUAGAGCAGGCGACCUAGCCAUGUUGUCCUCGCCUGGGGUGAUCGAAGUGCCGGUGGAAGCCACAGCGUUCCUCGGGGCCGUCGCUGCCUUUGUGGUGUUCCUCUUCGUCCUCUUUCUCUAUCUCAACAAGAAACUCUGCUUCUACACCGUCGGAAACUUCCCCUGCUGUGACGACCCCGUGACCAAGCCCGACAAGCUCAAGGAGUUGGGUGCUGCUUACAACUAUGGCGAAGGUGAGAGCUCCAGCGACAGCGAGGAGGAGGCGGCCAAGCGUCUCUCGUCCUCCAAGAGCUUUCCUUCGGGCCUCCGCGACAAUCACCACCCCCACGCCGCCCACAACUCGGCCUACCACGCCUACAACCACUACGGCCACCACAACUACCACCAGUUCGGGCCAGCGAGGUCGCCUUCCCAGUACUCGGCGCCGGAGAAUGGGGUCACUUCUACGGGUCGCGGCGACACCACCUUCUCGGGUUGUGAUGCUAAUGCCGACCUCAUCUCCCUCGCUGAGAAAGGCCGUGCAGGCGUCUCAGGCGAGGAGGAGCCUGUGGGGGUGGGCGUCACCUCCUCAUCCGCCUCCUCCUCGGGCUCCACCACUAGCGGCGACGAUGACCUUCUGACCCACCGGGCGCUACGACACAGGGACCCCCGGGCGUAUAGGCAGAUGUCCCCCGGCCGCUCUCCCUAUGACGGAACUUACCACCAGGAGUGCCGUGAGGAUGGGACGGUGGGCGAGGCGCUGCUGGUAAGGUGCGGCACCAUUGAGGCGGGCUUUGCUUACGACCUGCCCACCAGGACACUCACGGUGCACAUCCUCCAGGCCAAGGAAGUCCCCAGCAAGGAACGAGGCGGGGCAGCGAACACACAGGUGAGCACACAGGUUCGGGUCCUCCUCCUCCCGGCCAGGAAGCAGAAACACAAGACCCGCAUCAGGCCGGGAGAAAACCCACAGUUCAACGAGGCUUUUGUGUUCACCAAGGUUAAUCCAGAGGAGGUGCAGCAGCUUGGGGUUCGACUGCGACUGUACGGCUGUGAGCGCAUGAGGCGGGAGAAGAUGCUCGGAGAAGUGAUCGUUCCCUUUGCCUCCAUCAACCUCACUCUUGGGAAUACUUUUUGGCUCACCCUGGAACCUCGUGCUAACUUGGCUCGUUCGGAGAGCCGUACGGAGGUGUGCAGCCUGACUCGGAGCGACUCCACCGGCUCCACCCACUCAGUGCACAGCGGGGUGCCAGAGCUGCUCCUCGGCCUCACCUACAACGGCACCACGGGCAGGCUGGCGGUGGAGGUCAUCAAGGGGUCACACUUCAGGAACAGUGAUGAUUUCAGGAACUCAGCCAACACGCGGGCCCCCGAUACCUAUGUCAAGUUGGUCCUCAUGUCAUCGAGUGGUCAGGAGAUCGCACACAGCAAGACCUCAGUCCGCCGUGGCCAGCCCAACCCACUCUUCAAGGAGACGUUCAUGUUCCAGGUUGCACUGUUCCAGCUGCCUGAUGUUACGCUGAUGGCCUCAGUGUACACCAAGAGGAGCAUGAAGAGGAAAGACAUGAUUGGCUGGUUCGCUCUUGGCCUGAACAGCUCUGGGGAGGAGGAGCUCGCCCACUGGAACCAAAUGAGAGACUCGAGGGGAGAGCAAGUUUGUCGGUGGCACGUCCUCCUCGAGUCGUAGGUAGCUUGUGAAGUAUUGUUACGUUUUCCGAUGGUUUGGUAUACGUACUUGUAUUAUUCGGCUGAGGGGGACAUAAGGUUGUUUUUGAUGCUACCUUUUGGCUGCCAUUAUUUGUGGUCUCUGUGGAGGAGAGAUUGAAGGCUUCUUUGUGAGAGUUCGGCUUCACCGCCUUGAGUCUCUCCUUAAGUUGUGGUUGUGUGGCCUCCAUGUGUUUGUAAGUGGUUCUUGUUGGCAUCUUCAGGUCAUUCUUUCUGAAGGCUUGCACUCAGUCACUUUUCCUUGCCAUUCAUCUGCACUGUUUCAGAUUUCUCUUCUUGUGUUUCUUUGGCCUGAGUGUUGUGUCAGUGGUGUCUGGCAUAUUUUGUGAGGUUUGGGUUGUUGGUGAAGAGUCUGUGGUGCUGUGGACUCUGCUCUAGUGUUAAUGUGUUUGGUGUGUUGUUGAUGUCUGGCAGGCCACAGCAGAAUUACUCGGCCAUGGUGUGAUGUGCAACACUCAAGUUCUUUAUGAGACAUUGCAAAAGUGUAGGAAGUUGCUGAGUCUUUUAGUACUUGACCUGAAAGAAGGUUUGGAAUAUAUUGCAAUUAGACAAAAAUAUAUGUAUUCAGCUGACCUUGAAUUGUCUUUGGUGCAGAAUGUGAAGUCUGAAGGCUUGUAAAGUACGAAGUUGGAGCUGGUCUCCUUUCCAUUGUCGUCCUGUUACUGUACCUCUCAGUGUUGUGCUUCGCCUGCCAUAUGUAGCUGUAGGAGAGGGUUGGCCGGAGUGCUGCCGGCCCUUCCUUCCAUGACAACGAGUGGGGAUGAACCCGGACUGGGUGCUGUUUGGUUUCUGGUCUUGCUCAUUGCCUUCCCAUGCAGUGAGUUUUCUUUGUGCUGCUCUCAGAGUUGUCUUGGUCUUAAAAGGUGUACACUCUAAUAAAAGAAAAAAGUAUCCACUUCUGUGAGACUGAUUUCACUAGGAAUGUUACUGUACUGUUUCCUGUACUUCAGGAUGCUAAAGAUACAGCCUCAGAAAAUAUUCUUGAUAAGUGCCGUAUUGAAGAGUCAAUGUCAUCUUCUCAAGCCAGUCAGGCCCUGGGACUGAAGACUUGUUCCUUGUUGAGUGUACACAGUUGUACCUUUUGUGGUAAGAGUGUCUAAUCCCAUCACUUGGUCAAGGCAGCUUUGUUAACUCAUGGGUUUGGCCACUAUAACUGCCAAACCAUUCCAUGGCCCCGUUAGGUGCAUAUUUUCAUGCAUUGUCUGGACUCUGCCCAUAUAUUCUCUGUGAAUGCCAUGGAAAUGUAUCCUUGUCCUAAUGGCUUGGGGCUCUGUACACCUUAGUGAUAGACCAUUGUGCUUGCCUCUGCUGUAUGAUAGUAGUGUAGCAAGCACAGCAGCAGCAGCAGCAUAUUGUGUAUAGUUUCCCAGUGUGGAAUACUGACAAUUAACUUUCUCAACUGCAGUUUGUCUCAUACAUAGUUACUGGUAACAUUUGAUGAGAAUGUGUACACAUGGUGGGAUGUAAUAGCUAGCUAUAUGGCAAUAUCUCCUUUUGCAUCAUUCAGAAAAAAAAUUGGCACACAGCCCAUGGAGAGCUGAUUGAAGAGUCCUUGGAGAGCUGGUCAAAGGAAGGAAGCUUAAGAUGUGGUCUGGAAUCUUGCAUUGCUCACUGACAUCAGUGAUGGUGACUUUGAACAGUUUUAUUCUCCAGCAUAUUUUAUUAAGACUGUUUUAGGCUUUCCUUCUUAUAUUGCUCUGUGCUCAUUUGUGUUGGUAAACUGCAAGCAGUUGUUACAUAAGACCAUCAAGGGACAGUCAGUGUUCUGCUUUGCCUGUUAAUAAGAUGACAAUCAGGUGUGUUGAUGGAGCAUUCUGAUGUGUAAGAUGUAUCAUGAUGCAAACAUCAAAAUCAUUAUAAAAAGUUUUGUUUAAAAGUGUUACUGUGACAUGCCACACUUCGAGAUACACGGCAACACAGGCCUCGAGUGAAGAAAGAAACAAGUAGAGCUAAGAUGCAGCUUAUCCACCAAAGGUCUACUCAAGCCUCAGCCUCCCUGGUGUGUGGAGAGUCCUGUCAGCAGUACUGCAUGGUAGUGGCCUUACACCUCCAGCUUGAUAUCAAGACUCCUGUGUGGUAUACACAUACUUGGCAGUCUGUGGUACUCCUGUAAGAUUUAUUCAGUCAUUGUAUAGCAAGAUUUCUGCUUUCAUAUUUGAACCUGUCUUGAAGGCCAACAUAAACAACAACUAGUCAUCUUAGUGAGCUACAGUGUAGCAUAGACACUGCUGGGGUGUGCUGGCUCGGUAUAUGAGCCCUUUUCUUGCUGCCCGCUCUACCCUCAAAAUUCAGACCAUCAUAAUAUCCAUAGUUUUGCUGAUUCAUUAUCCUCUGUGGAUAACACCCAUUCUUUCAACUAGGCAAUCUUGCAGUGUUGUUUUUGCAUGCAUUUAGGGCUUGGAAAUGCCUGAGCAAUUUUAUCAAUUGAUUUUUACUUCCUUUUUAGGCUGUCAUAAAUUGAAACAGUGUAAUAUAUCAACAGUUUGGUUCAUCUAACAUUGGUGAUUUUCAAGUGAACUGCACAUUGUCUCUUGUUGGGUGUGAGAUCAAUGGGGUGGUGAGGAUUUGUAAUGUUCUGUCUUGAAGGUUGUAUUGGCUGUAGUACUUGUGUUCACAAUGAAUACCAGUAUCUAUUUAAAGUUCCAGCACCAAGGUCUCUUAUGGCUUGGUUUUAUUCUGUCAGUCACAUGAGGAGAAGCAGUUCAUAAUAGUAGCAGUAGUUUCCAGUUUAUUUUAACUUUAAUUCAACAAAAUAUUUCAAAAAGGAGAACAUCAUCAAAGGCUUUAUAAAGAUGGAUAAACUGUUGUAACUAGUAAUUAAAUGCACCAAAGAGGAUAAGAAAAAAUGGUUUUGUCAGUGUGUGCAGAGCUAGGGUUGGACAGGCUGUGUCGUAGGAGGUCAGUCAAAACAAUCACUGGCAACAUAAUCAUGUCGAGGACUGAUGAUAUAUUGUUGGCUUUAAAUCAUUGAUAUAUUAUAACAUUUUAUAGGUGUUUCCAAACUUUAACUGGGAAAAAUAUUUAUCUUUAGACUAGAAUGCCAUGUUGUUGCUCGAAUGUGGAGUUGCCAGACGUCUGUUAUUCUUACUUGACCAUCGGUUUGCCACGAAGAAUUGUUUUUACAAGCUAUUGUUACCUGUGGUUUAUUUUCAUAACUGAGCACUUGAAGUUUUUGUUUCAUAUAUUGCUCUAACUAAAAUUUUACCAACAGUCUGAGCAUAACAGUUUUUUUCAUAAAAGCAUACAACUUGUUCUUUUAGUUAACUUACUGUUACACACAAGCAUAUUAUACUCCUCUCAGUGUUUUGAAAGAAUGGAUCGUAACCUGCACACGAAACAAUCCCUGCGUGUAGCAAGACAGAGCAAUCAUGUUGCUUCUCUGAGAUAAUCAAGUAAAUGUAUCGAGGUACAGAUAGUGGUGGCAGAAAAUCAGCUUGAUGUAGUCUGGCAUGGAUGGAAAGUUCAGAAAAUCACGUGAUUUUGCUAGGCUAGGGUAGAGGUGAGCCUACCGCCCUCUCACCACGGGGGUGCCGAGGAACGCCCAGAGAGCAGGUGAGGCAGGGACGCAGGCAAGCACCGGGCCCGCCACACCCUCCUGGCUGCUCCAUGUACUUGUGAGGAAAUCUUUUGUGCUUGUUACUUUAAAAAGUGUACAUUUCUAGUGUUGAUUUAUUUUUGUACUGACAUUUCAAUAUAAGUCUGUACAUAUAUCAACUUACCGUCAUUUUGCAACACAUUCCUCAAAUAUGUUGGAGUAUCUAGCUAGAACAGACUUAUGCUCUGUAUGAGGCAUAUACAUAUACAUAUAUAAAUAUAAAUAUACAUCGUGUAUGUACAUAUUGACCGCUGUUCACAUUUCUCUCCCUUGCUCCCAUCGCCAGUACGCUUAAUUGAUGCCCAGCACCAAGUUUGUUGCCAUUACCUGUACCCUUGGUAACCCCAUGCCGCCGAGGCUCACAAGGCCCCAGAUGCUGUGUGGGGUGACGGGCCAAGAGGGACUAGUACUGAGAGCGGUUUGAUUCACAACAAUUCAACUUUACAUUACUGACAAGUUUUCACUACCUUUAUGCAAGGAAUGUUCAGGCAACUAUUUCUUUGUUUUAGGUUCUUACAUGGAUGCUAAUUAAGAGUCGGCAUUGUUCCGCUGCGUGCACCAGGAUCCACCAUUGCAAAGUGGAGCACCAGGGUGGCCAGAUAAUGGAAUGACUUGGUGAUGGGCCCGUGACAGUGAUGCCAUACUGUUUGAGCUGUUAUUAAAAGCACAUCUCGUGGGCCUUGUGCCUGUGUGCCCGUGUUUGUAAUGUCUCUUGAAUGGUUGGUACCUUAGAAACUAGAUGUCGUGAUAUACUUGAGUAGCUUGAUAGCAACAUUCAAUGCAACUACUGAUAAAUAAACUGGCGUAUUUGUGUUGGGAGUGAUCCAGUCUGUGAUCUUCACGCUCAUACUCUGGCAUCUGGGCUUCACUAGUGCGAUGGAGACUACUUGAGUGUAGGGAAGAAACUUUCAUUUUGGUGUUGAAAAGUUGGAUGUUAGGGUGAGGCUACGCACUCACUCUGUUUAUGUGUAAUUUGUUGUUUUAUAGAAGAGUUUAAAAAAGUAUUAAUAUCAAUUCCAUAUAUCUGUGUUUGUGCAUGCUGCAGUAUUUUAUCUGUUUUCAGAAUUUCUCAGUGAAGUGCAGUGGUUGUAAACUGACUGGUUUACAGACUGACACAGUCACCCUGAAAUUUUAUAUUGUUACAGUUAUUUUCUUGAGAGAGUUUAUCAGCUGAGUUUUGAUAUCCAGUAUCUUAUAGUGGUUUGAGUCAUUUAAUUUCUACAUAUCAAAAACAUUUUUUAUUUUUACUUUGUUCCUCUUAAGUAUGUAAAGCCUUGUGAUCUUGGAUGCUUUAUGCUGGGUGGGUUCAUUGUUUGCCUCACCACACCAAUAUCUGAUUUCAUUGACAGGAUUUUUUUCUUUGAAGGAUAAAAAUUGUUGAAUUUGUUUGUAUAUAUGUUCCUUUUGAGAGCCAAGGGAUUGGUUGGUCUGUGGUUAUCUAUUUUUGUAAGAGUACUACGUGGAUCACCGAGUGCAGCAGAGAAAAUUAAACUAUUUUGAAGUUGUUACCUAAGUCAUAGUUAGUAUAUAAUUAGUUUGUUGGAAAUUUGAAUUGUAUAUCAUUGUAGGCAGCAGCAGCAGCAGCAGCAGUGUUUUGAAAGUGGCUUGGAUGACUUUCAUUGGUUGGUUGUGGAACCUCACGGCCGGAAGCGAUGGUGUUGGUGUUGGUGGAGUGUGUCAGUGUUGCUUGAGUAAGUGGCACUGAGGUGUGCCGGAUGUUGGUUACCAUGAAAAAAUAUUUGACUUGCCUCAAAGUAGGAGGAAAAGCUUAAAAAUGUUAUAUAUCAUUACUUUCAAGUUUGGCCUGACUUCACUCGUAUAUCUUAUUUGAUGUUCUGUAAAAUCUUAAUGGAAACAUUUUUCAAUCAGUUUGCUGAAUGAAAGUCAUGCAUCUCCUGAGAGUGAAGUGAAUGAACACCUUAUUGGUCAGGCCUUUGAUUGAUGUUGAUUGUGACUAUUGGGACAGAACUCUCAGAAACAUAUUUAAGAAGUUCUAAUCAGCCAACCUCUUGCUUUCCCACGCCAUGUGGCGACCCUGUUGUGAUUACUAUACUCUUGUCGGACAUUUGUCGAAGGUUUCAGCGUUGGUCUCGGAAGAAUCUGUCCUGGGGUUGUGUGUUGUCAUUGUGGUUGGGUCAACUCCCAGGUUGUGAUGGCACGUCAACAGACCGUGAGAAACACCUUGCACAAAACUUUAUGGCUGACCUCUGCACCGUCAGGCUAGCAAAUGAGAAAAUUCUGUCUUGUCUUUACCACAAAUCUUGGAGGAAGAACCAGAUUGUAAAAUGUAACUUAUUAAAAAAAACAAAUAACUUCCAUAUUAGCAGAUUUCACAUCAUGUUUUUUUCAAUCAAAAUACUAGAAAUUCAAUAGGCUCUUAUUGCUUUACAUACUGAAAUGUGAAGCUAGGUCUUCACAUAGCAUAAUAUCCUCCUGUCUGGGGUGUGAAGGCCGCAAGUGGUCGCUCAGGCCUGGUGUGUCAUGACUGGAGAUGGACUACUCUCCCAUUUUCUCACUAUUUCUGAUGGUGCUUUGGUUAGCUGUUUGAAUCCCUCCUUCACUGUGACUAGAUGACCUGUAUAUGUGUAUUGUCUGUGUUUGUGUUUGUCUGUUAGUAGAUUGGAAUGUCGGAAAACAGUGUUACCCACUUGCGGGUCUUGCUUUUAAGCGCCUUGAGGUUUCUCCUGUUUCAGGAGCAUAUUAUAUGCCUUUGGGCGCCUUGUGAAUAUUUCGGGUGCCAAAUGUUUGCUUCAGGUACCUGGAUCAAGCUUGAACAAGGACCACAUUAUCAGAGUAACAUUCUCAACUUGUGACUUUGCAGUGCAGACUUUUUUUAAUUUCUCAAAAUCUACAGAACUAUUCUACAUACCAAAAAUUAUCCAAAACCUUUGCAAUACCUGCAGGUUUUCCAUUUCUUAAGUCCUUAUGCAGGUUUAUUGAUUCAUAUGUCGGUGAUAUGGAAACGGUUUAGUAGCAGUGAUCUGUAGUCCGUUGCUGUACUCUUUCAUUACGUGGUGUAGUGCUCCCAGUGAUAACCAUGUGCAGUCUUCACCCCAGGGGUCCUGAGGAACAGGCUGAGGGGUGUACAGGGUGCAUUUCAGUUCUCUCAGGUACUGCAUGCUGGCAGACUUGAGAAUAGUCAAUAAUGCUGUUCUCACAUUUGGUCACAUUUCUCUGCAGUUGCCAUGUUAAUUGGCCAUGGAUUGACUAUUGUAUAAACACUCUAACUGUAUAAUAUGUCAACUUACAUUUAGUUUUUCGUUUAUAUUUUCACAAGUGUUGCCUAUUAUUAUCAUACUGACUUCAUGAAUGCAUUGAUUUAGGUGUGAUGACAAAUAUAUAACAUUAAUGAGUG